AUGUGCAUGAAGCGCGGCUACCAGUGGUCGUACAAGAAGCGCCAAAGCUGCUUCAGCUGCGGCCAUGCUCUACGUCCCGCUCCCUCGCCGCCGCCGCCGCCGCCGCGCGGCGUGUGGUCUCGCGAUCGCCGUGGCGACGCCGAUCGGGGAGCGCGUGGCGAGGGCGACUGGCGUGGUGGCGAUGGCGACUGGCACGAGCGCUCUCGCCAGCGCCGUGGUGCCGCCGCACAGCCGCUGGGGCUAUCCGAACUGGUCGAGUCGCUCGAGGGCCAGGCCACUUCCGAUGCCCAGCGGGAGGCGCUCCAGCUGCUCGAGAAGGCCUUCGCCCCGCCCCCUCCCACCGAGCGCCCUGCGCUGGUGGAGGAGGGCAUCCAGAGAGCAGCGGCCGCCGAGCGUGCGGCCAGGCGCUCCAUUGAGAAGGCCACGAAGCAGCUCGCGGAUGCAAGGCAGUGGCUCGCGGAGUGCCAGGCCAAGUCCGACGCUGCAGCGGACGAGCUUGUCCUGGCUGAGGUCAAGCUCGCCAACGAGAAGAAGGCGCUGCAGGAGAAGGGUCACAUCGGCGCCAUCAACUUGUCCGCGCUGCUGGAGGCGGACUCCACUGACUUCCACGUCGAGGAUGGCCCGCUCUUCGACUUGGAGGGUCUCGAGGUGUCGUCCGCGCAGCUUCAGCAGUGCGACACGCCCAAGGCAAAGCUGGCGGCCUCGGUGCAGGAGGCGGUGCGCACCCACUUCGGCCCAGGGGCGGAGGCGCUCAAGGCCCAGCGGGAGCAGCUCGAGGAGCUCAAGGCUCUCCGCGCCACCUUCAAGAAGAGGAGGC